AUGAAUUUAGGAAUAAGUUUUGUGAUGUUACUUACAAAUUGGACGCUCCGAGAUAUUCCUGCCGUAGAAAAUAUUGGAUCAGCAUUGAAGUGUGCGUUUUUAACAAGAACAGCCUGUAAAUCAUCAUUUGUUUACAAUGAAUUUAGUAAACAGUGUACUAUAAAUCCACAAUUGAUACCAUCGAUAAAAAAUAUGACGUUUUCUCCAGGCUCUGUAUAUUUCUUUAGUAAAGCUCCAUCAUUUUGUAAAGAUAUUCAAGGAUGCCAAACAGUUUAUUAUGAUGGUGAAUAUUGGUUAUAUCCUGACGCAUAUAAUAAUACAAUUGAAACUAAAAUAUAUUGUCACGAUAUGAUGACGGAUUCACCAAAGGAAUACCUGACAUUGCAUGCACCAAAUUCUGUCGAAAGCCCAAAAGGACAGUACGUUUCUUCAUCAUGUACCUUGAAUACGAGGGUAUGGUCAGUAACGGGAAAAACAGAAUUUUUGAAGAUAGGAAUAAAUCCAGAGACAAUGACCAUUGACCCUGAAGACUAUCGAUUUACCAAUCAGGUUUAUGGAAAAUCAAGACCCUAUGGUCUUGCGUUUGGAUGUUCCUUGUCGUUUAAGACAUGUCCACUAAGAGCUAAUGCAAUAUUAAAUAUCAAGCUGACUGGCCUUGUAUUCGAUCCUCCGAAUGAGUGGGUGGCAUAUAAAUUCACCGGUAAAAUGCAAAUGCAGGUCAAAACUGACCACGAAGUAAGACUACUGGGCGAUGGGUAUUGUGGUGGUGCGAUACAUGAAGGCCCAAUCAAAUUACAACCAGACGCCAACUAUAGGCCACCAAUAUAUUCAGCAAAGGAAUUAUAA